AGCCGCACCAAAUUGCUGGCCGUACCACUUUGGCAGUCAAAACUCGUUUUCGCCUCGAGUCGAACGAAUUGAGCUCGCGCAAAUGUAUUUUCUCACUUUGGCAACUCUCUUCGCUACCCUUGUCUUCACAAUCAGCAUGACCCUGAAGGAGUACCAGGUUGUUGGCCGCCGCCGCCCGACGGAGAACAUGCCGAAGCCGCAGAUCUACCGCAUGCGCCUGUUCGCUAAGGACGAGGUCGUCGCCAAGUCCCGCUUCUGGUACUUCCUCUCCAAGCAGCGCAAGCUCAAGAAGAUGGACGGUGAGAUCCUCUCGAUCAACCAGAUCCACGAGCCGAAGCGCCCGCGCGUCAAGAACUUUGCCGUCUGGCUCCGCUACAACUCGCGGUCCGGCACGCACAACAUGUACAAGGAGUACCGUGCGCUCACCCGUGCCAACGCUAUUGAGCAGAUGUACAGCGAGAUGGCUUCCCGCCACCGCACCCGUGCUCGCGACAUCCACGUUGUCCAGACUGCUGUCAUCAAGGCCAAGGCUGUCAAGCGCGCGAACAUCAAGCAGUUCGUCAACAAGGACGUCAAGUUCCCGCUCCCGCACAACGUCAUGCGCGUUGCCGACAAGCAGUACGCCAAGACCUUCCGCCCGAACCGCCCGUCGACGUUCCAGUAAAGAAGAACCUAGCCGA